CUUUCCCCAUCCAGUCUUUCUUUCUUUACUCCUUCACGAACCUAUUUCUAUCUCACGGUCGUUGCUUCCAAUCUUACCAUGCUCUUGAAAUCGAGCGGCCUGCUUCAAGGCGUUUUAUUCUCUCUAUUGGCUGCUGUCGGGAGUGCCGGCACGCUGCGACGCGCUACAACUUGCAAUGGCCACAGCGAACUUUGCAACAGGAGCUACGGCAAUAUCACCUACAUUGGGGCCCACGACUCUUAUGCCGUCGGCACUAACAAUCUCGCGGUCAAUCAGGACUACGAUAUCACACAGCAACUAACAGAUGGAGUACGGAUGCUUCAGUCCCAGGUGCACAAUAACAGCGGCACUAUCCAGUUAUGUCACACCAGUUGCGUCUUGUACAACGGAGGAACGCUCCAAGAUUACUUGACGAAAGUGAAAACAUGGAUGGAUGCCAAUCCUAACGAAGUGGUGACACUGCUUAUUGUCAACUCGGACAACUUCCCGGCAUCCAGUUUCGCAUCUGUCUUCGCUGCUGCGGGCGUGGACAAGCUCUCGUACGCUCCCACGAGCCUUCCGCUGACAUACAACAACUGGCCGACAUUGAGUACUCUGAUUGACGCGGGUACACGACUGGUGACAUUCCUCGACAAUGGAGCAGAUACAACAGUUGCACCCUACCUGAUUGACGAGUUUACCAAUAUGUGGGAAACCCCAUUCGAUGUCACGACGUCGUUCGAUUGCAGUGUGAAUCGCUCGCAUGUUGCGGACACUGCGACGAGCAUGUACGUCAUCAACCAUUUCUUCGACACUGUCGUGUUCGGCAGUCCUGUUCCGGAUGUAGCGGAUGCGAACACGACGAACGCCGUGUCAGGAACCAGAGCUCUUGGCACUCAGGCUGCCCUCUGUCAGACCCAAUACGGACGACCACCGACUUUCAUGCUGGUCGAUUUCUAUGAAUACGGCGGUGGUUCCGUGUUUCAAGUCGCAGCCGGACUCAAUGGAGUGACUUAUGCUCCCACUACGCCAAUCGCAGUGCCCAUAUCUACCUCCUCCAGCUCAUCCACUAGUGGCUCAUCCACGACAGGCGGCUCUCCCUCCGAUGUCGUAGUAUCUCGCGCCCAGCUCGGCGCUGCGGUAAUUAUCGCUUCACUCGUCGCAUAUUUCAUGUAGUCGGACCUGUAUCAUUCGCGGACUAUUUCAUAUACAUCUUAUCUAUCCACCCACCUAACAUCCGCUCUGGACUAUCGAAUCACUAGCCUCAGUAAUAACUCUGUUCUUACGCUGUGAAGUGGCGGUGCGAUAAACUGAUGUGGCGGUACGAUAAUCAUUAUGAGCUGUUAUUCUGGCUGUGCCAAUUUUCUCCUUCUCCCCUCGACCACCAGUGUACCUAAGCGUGAUUUACUCGGAGAAUCAGCAGUCGAAGAGUCCUGUCUCUAUGGAAAUUCUGGGCAUCCUUUGAGCGGCCACAGGGGCCUGAAAGUGGUCAUCCCUCGCUAAGAAUGGGCAUGCUAUGUAAGGGAUCCUAGACAUCUCGAACGCAAGCACUGCAAGAUGGCUAUGUCAUCGUCCAUGCUAGACGUAGCCCGUGGUUUAGCUGUAUAUCCACCUCCAGCGCGUCGAAUGAACGGGAACAGGUCUUGUGGCAACUGGUAAGUGUGAUGAUCCAGAGCUAUCAUAUACAGAUUGCUGAUGAGAUUUCGCAGAUCCACCGCAGGUCAAUCACGAUUGGCCGAUGCGAGGCUUCACCGGUGACCGACGGGCGCGAACCAUCACUUCAAGGUUUGCCGCUGCAUCUGCGGCGGCACUGAUGCCGGCAACGAAACGCUUUCGCGGCCGCGACCAAGCCUCGCUGACGGACUUGACUCACCCACUGUCAGCGGCAUGACGAAGAUGGGCGAGCUCUCGGCCAUCCAAUUGCUGACGAUCGGCGGAAGAAGGACACGGUCCGUGGCUCAAACGCGCACAGAUCCUCAUCCGUCCACUUCGCCUCACCGAGUUCAUCCAAGAAUGGGUCAUGCGAAGGGUCUGAAAGGCUGUGUGAGUCAUGUGGUAGUGCGGGAGGAAGUCAGCUCCGAGGUCCCAUUUCGCUUGUUAUACGAAAGAUCGCGACACCCUGCGUGCAAGACACAGCCUGGAUCAUCAUCUGUUUAGAAGACGCACACAGAGAAGCGGUUGCUCCAUCUUGGGUGUGCGUCUUGCCAGUCGGCCUGAUCCGGACUGCCUAGUCUUUUGUAUCUUGUGUCCAUUUCUGGCAGCGGACACGACUCAGUUUGAUCACGACCGGGUGUAUUCUUCCGUGCGUACCACCAGGCCGGCCUUGUUGUUUGGUGUACAUGCACAAUCGGUACUGAUCUGUAGGUGCCUUCCCUUCCUUCUGCUCUCACUCUCACUCUCUCGUCCUCCUGACCCAACCUGAUGUUAUUCAUGGAGACUCCGAUUUCAUCGCGCAAUAUGUACAUCGACGAGCCAGUUGACCGUACGAUGGAGUCGAACGGGUACGUAUUGGUUGGUCUCCGAUGGGUCCCAAUGGGUGCCAGUUGGUCCCUAUAUUCCUCUCUAUUUCUCUCGCUCAGCGAAUACAACUGAAGUCUCCAAAGCCAGUGUCGUGAUCACCCACGACGACGAUUGGGGCUACAUCCUCAAGGAUGUUGGUCGGCUUCUCUCUGCCUUUGUUUCUCUGCUCAUUCUUGAUGGAAGGACGACAUCCCAAAUGCGGUUCAGAAUGUCUGCGACUUCCUGAAGCAAGUAGCACAACGAUUUGACAUCGCAUCCGAGUCAGAAGGCGGCAUCCACUAUCUCAGCCCCAAACUGAAUCGCACGGCAUGGCACAGAACAUCCUCGUCUCCCAUCAGUCCACAAGACGUUCCCACUCGGAUUACCUCAAUCUUGAUGUCUCGUGUCCGGCGACACUCGCUGAACAUGCCGGGGCCCCCUCAUCGUGAACAGUCCCAGAGUUUGCCUUUGCCGGCCAUGAAACUCAAUCAGCUGCAGUAGGAACUAUGCCUGCUUGAAGGAACUCAAUUCAGGUCCCAGUUGGCUCGCGGCCUCCAUCUCGCGCCUUUGCUUCGACAGUGCCUGUCAGAGGAUUGGAUAGCCCUGUUUCAUCUGCAGAAGAUGGCUUCUUUACACCGCUCUGCUCGACUGUUCACGCGACAUGUCCAUAGUUAUGAUGUGAGUGCAGACGGGCUCAAAGAGAAGGUCGUCUGCCACUCUUGCUCUGGCUGCAUAAUUAAAUCGUCGGCGUUAUAAGUGUAUUUAUGUACUCUGAUUUUUUUUUGUGGAAUCCUGGACCAAGUCUACAAGUCUUGUAAUCUUUCGCUGGCUAACUGGAGUCUGG